AUGUCCAAAGCGAAGCAAGAGGUCGCGACAGUGGUGGCGAAGCAGACGGCGCGUUACGGGACCUGGGCGUCGCCCAUCACGGCGGACGCGAUCUUGCAGGGCGGCGGGUCAAAAUCCGAGCUGUUCGUCGAUCCAAUCACCUCUGAUAUAUAUUACAUUGAAGAGAGACCCGCAGAAGGUGGGCGUGACGCUAUUGUCGAUGCGAGCAAGGGCAAGGACGUAGUUGGGAAGGAAUGGAACGCAAGGACAGGUGUGCAAGAGUAUGGCGGCGGUGCAGCUAUGGCAUACGGCGGCGCAGUGUACUUCUCGAACUACACAGACAACAGAGUGUACGUCGUCAACGGGGGGAAGGAUCCUCAGCGCAUCACACCUGACAAUGAGAAUUAUCGCUACGCCAAGCUGAACGUGCACCCCACCCAGACGCACCUCUUGGUAGCGAUUCUAGAGGACCACACAAAGGAUCGCCCCUCUGAAGUCGUCACGACGCUCUGUAUAAUCAACAGCAAGACUCAGAGCGCCACCACCGUCGUCUCCGGCGCCGACUUCUACGCCUUUCCAUCCUUCUCGCCGGACGGCAGUUACCUUGCCUGGGAACAAUGGGCGCACCCCGACAUGCCUUGGGAGGGCUCAGAGAUCUAUGUUGCGAAGGUCGAUGCGAACGAGGUUGGCCUGUCGGUCAGUGACAUCACCUACGUAGCGGGAAAGAAGAUCGACAUAAGCGUGUCUUCGCCUGCUUGGGCAUCGAAUGACGUGCUGCUGUUUACCACCGACGAGACAGGGUACUACAACCCCUGGACAUACUCUGUAUCGUCUCGUCAUGCGACGCCGGUGCUUCCGUCUCCCGUGGACGAAGACUUCUGCCAGCCGCUACACAAAUUGGGGAAUGAAUACAGCGCGCCGCUGGACAGGCAUGCCGGCCGCGCGAUCUACUCAACGUUGAAGGCCGACCGCAGCGCGCUGUAUAUUCUCGAUCUCUCCACAGGCGAAACCGAGGAGAUAGAGUGCCCGUACACGGAUAUCCAGGAUCUCAAGCGCGUCGCGAACGACUCCUUCGUGUUCCUCGCGAACAGCGCGGAGGCUCCGCAGGUACUCGUCGUAUGCGUCCUGAGUGACGGCGCGAAGCCGGAGUUCCGGGAACUCAGUGCCGCGUGCACGAGUAAUGCACCGCAGUUCCCGAACGAGCUGAUCUCUGUGGCCCAGUCUGUGACGCUGCAGACGGAGGAUGGACCACUGCAUGUGUUGUACUUACCACCCAAGAACCCUGCAUACGAGGCGCCAGCAGACGAGAAGCCACCCUGUGUGAUCAAUGCGCAUGGUGGACCCACUGGACGGUCCUCUGCGUCCUUGGACUGGAGCAAGCAGUACUUCACUAGUCGAGGCUGGGCGUGGUACGCUUGUUCUGCAAGUGUCGACCCUGACGACUACAGGGUGGAUGUGAAUUACGGGGGAAGCUCAGGGUAUGGUCGGGAGUACACGUUGUCACCAGGCCCCAACAGAAAGCGGCUCGAGGGCCAAUGGGGCGUCGUAGACGUGGAGGACUGCACUCGCGCGAUGCAACAGCUUUCUCGCCCGCCGUACUCCCUCAUCGACCCCAACCGAAGUGUCAUCCGCGGAGGCUCAGCCGGUGGCUUCACGACUCUGGCGGCGAUCUGUUUCAAGUCAGAUGCCUUCGCCGCCGCGACGUCGCUCUAUGGGAUCGCGGACUUGCGUUCGCUCGCGAAGGAGACACACAAAUUCGAGUCGCAUUACCUGGAGAAGCUCGUGGGAGGCACACUAGAGGAGGUGCCUGAGGUGUACGAGCAGCGCUCACCUAUCUUCCACGCGGACAACAUCAAGACGCCGUUGCUGGUCCUUCAAGGUGCGAUCGAUCGUGUUGUUCCGCCUGAUCAAGCGGAGGUCAUCGUGAAGGCGAUCAAGGAGCGACACGGGCGCGUCGAGUACACCGUCUUCGAAGGCGAAGGUCACGGCUGGAGGAAGGCGGAAACCAUCAAGGCGGCAUUGGAGCAGGAAUUGCAGUUCUACGAGGAUGUCCUGGGCAUCAAAGGUAGCGACGACAAUCGGGCUGACGUUCCCUACGCUCAUCGUGGCUGCUCAAUACAGUGAAAGCCUAGCCAAAAGUCUAGUUAUGGUCCAGAGACAAAUCAUAGGGCUGGUCAAGGGAUUAAAGUUGAACGUCCGGGUCAUAGUGGCAGUGGCCAUCUGACGACGGAGUGUAUGUAUAUAUAAUGCAUAUAUUGGCGUUCCGAGUUUCGCUGUCUGUUCGCAUUUCGAUAAUAGCCUGCUUACGGCGGGCUUACCUUUGCAGUU